AUGCAACGGAAUACGAGUAUUCUAAAUCAGUUCGGAAGGUUACUGAACAAACAAUUGCCGUGCCCAACUUAUUUGAAUGGUUCUUGCCGAAGAACUGCAUCGACACACUUUGGUUUCGAACAGGUUGAUGAGACCGAAAAAAGCCGUAAAGUGCACCAGGUAUUUGCGAAUGUGGCGACGAAAUAUGAUAUGAUGAACGAUGUCAUGUCCAUGGGAAUACAUCGGCUUUGGAAGGAUUACUUUGUGAACAGAUUGACAUUAACAAGGAAUGCAAGUGUAUUGGAUGUUGCUGGUGGUACUGGUGAUAUUGCGUUCAGAACAGUUCGUAAAUUUCGGAAAGGCAUGGGUAGCGGUUCGGUGACGGUUUACGAUAUAAAUCAAAAUAUGCUUGAUGUUGGUCAAAUGCGUGCUGACGCCGAUAAAACGAUUGAUAAAUCGCGAUUGAAAUGGGUUUGCGGGGACGCAGAAGCGUUGCCGUUCAAAGAUAAUUCAUUCGAUCUUUACACAAUUGCGUUUGGAAUACGAAACUGCACGCAUGUUGAUCAGGUUCUGAGAGAAGCAUAUCGAGUGCUAAGACCUGGUGGUCGUUUUGCAUGUCUUGAAUUCAGUGAAGUUGCUUCACCAUUGAAAUUCUUUUAUGACAUCUACAGUUUUCAAGUCAUUCCGAUUAUGGGCCAAGUGAUCGCUAGUGAUUAUAACAGCUAUAAAUAUCUCGUUGAAAGCAUUCGUAAAUUCCCGAAACAGGUAGAAUUCUCAAGAAUGAUAGAAGAUGCCAAAUUCAGUAAGGUUCGGUACGAAAAUUUGUCAUUCGGGAUUUGCGCGAUUCAUACGGCUUUAAAAGAAUCUUGUAGUUAG